AACUAUAGAUCUCUAGUCAUCACGUUACGUGGCCUCAGUAGGCCGAGUACGCUAUGCGUCAUUUUCCACAUCGAGAUAUCAUGACGACCAGGAAACGACAUGAACCGGUGGCAGGUCUGCCUCCAGCGGUACCGGUGGUCACCGCCUUACCGUUUCGCCACGCCCCAUCACGGCAGUGACCCCUCCUGGUGUUUCAGCCCUCGUACUUGCACAACGUGUGUCAUGAAAGCUGAGCUGACCAGUAUUCGACGUAGCAGUCUGCCAAGGAUCGCCAAGUUUAUUGUUGUUGCGCCUUUCAAAAGUGUCUCUAACGCGCGAAGCCCCGCGCGCAAGCUCGUCACAUCCGUUCCUUGGUUCCGUUGCUGCGACGGUAGUACGUGGACGUGUCGAGCGGGCAUCGAUAUAUUUCGCUUGCGUCAGCUAGGGGCGCGCGGCUCAAACGCGUUAUAAGGUGCGGAAACUAGUCCUUUGUCAAUUUACGACCCCUGCGCCGUUGUCUCACCCGUCAGCCCUCCCUUUCUGCGCGGUAAAGCUAGAUUGGCUCUGUGAUCGCAGCCGUCCGCUGAGUUUAAGACAGCGCCCCGACUGCGAACUCUAACCCUCAUACACGGGCUUCACACCCACAUCGAGCAUCCUCUCUCUUUCGCUCUGCCCAUCGUAUCGUGUACCUCUCGACAUGCUAUUCAGCAAGCACCUCAGAAGACGUGAAGCGGCAUGGGAGGUAGUCGACUGCCGAGACAUCUCCCCGAUCCCCAUGUGGGACGAAGACGAAGAUCUCGAGAUCGCCUAUACCCACCCCACCAACAUCUCGUACAGAUUCGUCUACGACCUGCAAACAGUCGAAGACCUGAGGAAGGCCGUGCAAGUCGCGAGGUGCCAACUCUACCGGGACGCUGUCCGGCUAAAGUGCAACAUUCUUCUCUCAGAAGGAUGGCGUUGCACCCUAAUGCGACAGGGCAGCCGACACAGAGUCGAGGUCGUGUAUAGCGGGCGGCCAGCUCGCGCACUGGGAAUGGGCAAAGUCACCUGCCUUUCCCAACCCCCGUUCAUCGGCAUGUUGGACAACUAUGAGCAUCAAAUCGUGCAUUACCAAGAGCCGCAACGGCGGCGUGUGUUCCGCGCGUGGAGUCGGACGUCGAGCAUGUCGUGACAUUGUGUACCCCCUGAGAGAACUUGACUCGAAGUUACUGCUGGUCCAUCGUGUACUAUAGUCAGUCUUUAUCAUAUCACUGGGACUUUUAGUUGUGUAGA